AGAGCCCGGCCCACGAUGAACAAGCUGCCCUUCCACAACAACCGAGUCAUGCAGGACCGCCGCAGCGUGUGCAUCUUCCUCCCCAACGACGACUCCCUCAACAUCAUCAUCAACGUGAAGAUCUUGUGCCACGAGCUGCUCGUGCAGGUGUGCGACCUCCUGAGGCUGAAGGACUGCCACCUCUUCGGGCUCAGCGUCAUCCAGAACAAUGAGCACGUCUACAUGGACCUGGCCCAGAAACUCUACAAAUACUGCCCCAAGGAGUGGAAGAAGGAGGCCAGCAAGGGGAUCGACCAGUUCGGCCCCCCCAUGAUCAUCCACUUCCGAGUGCAGUACUACGUGGAGAAUGGCCGGCUGAUAAGCGACCGGACGGCGCGGUACUACUACUACUGGCACCUGCGGAAGCAGGUGCUGCACUCGCAGUGCGUGCUGCGCGAGGAAGCCUAUUUCCUGCUCACCGCCUUCGCCCUGCAGGCUGACCUGGGGGAUUUCAAACGCAGCAAGCACUACGGGAAGUACUUCGAGCCCGAAGCCUAUUUCCCUGCCUGGGUCGUGGCCAAAAGGGGCCGGGAUUACAUCCUGAAGCACGUCCCCAACAUGCACAAGGACCAGUUCGCUCUGACGGCCUCCGAGGCCCACCUCAAGUACAUCAAGGAGGCCGUGCGCCUGGACGACGUGGCCGUGCACUACUACAGGCUCUACAAGGACAAGAGGGAGGUGGAAGCCUCCCUGACGCUGGGGCUGACCACGCGGGGCAUUCAGAUCUUCCAGAACCUCGACGAGGAAAAGCAGCUGCUCUACGACUUCCCCUGGACAAACGUGGGCAAAUUGGUGUUCGUGGGCAAGAAGUUCGAGAUCCUUCCCGACGGGCUGCCCUCGGCCAGGAAACUCAUUUACUACACGGGCUGCCCGCUGCGCUCCCGUCACCUCCUGCAGCUGCUCAGCAGCAGCCACCGGCUCUACAUGAACCUGCAGCCCGUGCUGCGCCAGGUCCGCAAGCUGGAGGAGAACGAGGAGAAGAAGCAGUACCGCGAGUCCUACAUCAGCGACACCUUGGACCUGGACAUGGAGCAGCUGGAGAAGCGCUCGCGGGCCAGCGGCAGCAGCGCCGGCAGCCUCCGGCAACGCCUGUCGCGGCACUCCACGGCCAGCCACAGCAGCUCCCACACCUCGGGCAUCGAGACCGACCCCAAACCCCGCGAAACGGGGCCCGAGGAGCCCGGCGUCCACCGCAAACUCAACUGCAGCUCCAUGACCAGCCACGGCAGCUCCCACACCUCCGGCGUGGAGAGCGGGGGCAAGGACCGGCUGGAGGAGGACUCCCAGGAUGAGGGUGAGAGACCCAGGACCUCAUCGGAGAUGCUGGUGGACGACCCCCGGGAGCUGGAGCAGGCGGGGGAGCUGGCGCUGGAGGUGAGCCCCGAGAUGUGCGUCUACAUCACCGAGGACAUGCUGCUGUCACGGAAAUUCAACGGGCACUCAGGGCUGAUCGUAAAGGAGCUCAGCUCCUCCACCUCCAGCUCCUCGGAGACGGUGGUGAAGCUGCGGGGGCAGAGCACGGACUCCUUACCCCAGACGGCGUGCAGGAAACCCAAAACCUCGACGGACCGGCACAGCCUGAGCCUGGACGACAUCAGGCUCUACCAGAAGGACUUCUUGCAGCUGGCCGACCUGUGCCAGGACACGGCGCAGAGCUACACCUUCGGCUGCGCCCACGGCUUGGCCGAGGACGGCCUCUACUGCCACGGCUGCCUGGCCCAGCAGUGCCUCAACAUCCAGGAGGGCUUCCCCGUCAAACGAACCAGCAAAUACUUCUCGCUGGACCUGACCCACGACGAGGUCCCGGAGUUUGUCGUCUGAGCGCGGAGAGGCCGGGACUGGCUGCUGUGUGUGUGUGUCCCCCCCCAAGUCCCCGGCAGCCUUUUGCCUUUGGGAAUGGUUUGUGCAGAGCACAAAGUCCUGGUUCGCCUCGGAGGAGCACAGCUCGCUUGGCCAGCCCCCGUUUUUUCCUC